GUAUGUCUAUCUCUAUUUUCUAUGUCUUACGGUACUCGGGGUGGUGUUGUGUUGGUGCAAAGUUGUUUAGACGUCGUCAACGGCAACCGCAGUCCAUACUCUACACGCGGCCGCACACUACCCGCUCGUGUUUCAAUACUUCCAACCGACAAUACGUUUAAAUUAAAUGAAAUAAAUAUAUUUUUUAGUGUUACGUAAUAUUAUCCUGUGAUUAUCACAUAUGCCCCAUAAAAUAUUUACUAUGCUGAGUAGAUGACAAUAUUCUUGUUAAAAACAAGAUGCCAUUAUUGAACAACAACGAAACCAAUUUGCCUACAACAAGUUACAUUAUUGAAAAUUCUAGUUGUAAUUUAGAAUCGUUGUAUUGCACACAUCUUUGGUCCAACAGCAGUUUGAGAAGAACAAUUAUAAACGCACCAAUUACAGAUAAUAAAAUAACUAAAUAUUGCUCAUCGUGUAGAGGAAAGAUAAGAAAUUAUAAAUUAAAGAACACAAAUGAAAAUUUUACUCCAAAGUCAUAUUCUACUCCGAGAGAAAAAUUUAGUGUAAGCAAAUCGGAAACAAAAUUUGAUGACUUAGAAAAAAUAACCUGUUGUGAUGAGGGUAGUUUAGUAAGAAAUAUAAGCGAGAACGAAAUUGCCAAUUUGAAUAAAACUAUUCCAACAAUAUCUGAAGAUAUAGAUUCCGGUAUACAACACAAAUUUAGAUGUACCUCGUUUGAUACGACCACCUCUAAUCCAAGACAAGGAAGAUUAAGAAAAAGCCUAAAAGGAAUCGGCUGCUUUGUAGACUUGACUCAAAGUUCUAUCAAGAAAAGGACGCAAUUACAAGUGUGCUCAAUAAGCAUAAUGAUUCUAGCAAUCGUUAUAAUAAGUUUAAUUUUAGUGAAUUUUACACAUCAUGAAACACAAGCCACCAAUAUCAUUAGUACAAACGCAGUGCCAACAAAAAAUAUAGACUUGAACGAAAUUCCUUCGGCGACUGCCAGUAUUUACUCAGAGUUGCCUUUGACUGCCACUGUUAGGAUCACAGAAUUUGACACUACACUUGCACCAUUUACGACAACUGCAAAAAAUAUAUCUUACUUAUCAAAUAUUUUAACAAAAAUUCGAAAAAAUAUCAAGACGUAUCCCAAACAGGGGAAUAAAACUCAACUUAGUUUUAAGAUAAACAAUGACUCGACGACUGGAGCAAAUAUCACUCAAAAGUUUUGCGAGUGCCAAAAAAAUGAAGUGUGUAUGUUAGAAGAAAGUAGUGGAACAUCACUUUGUCUAAUUGCGCUAGAUCCUGACGACCCAACAGGUUGCGGUGGGCUGUGCGCUCUGGAGACGGAGGCGUGCCACCUGGUGGAUAAGGCACGCGGAGUGCGAGUGUGUCGACCGCUGGGUGCGGCAGCUUGCGCGGCUCGGCAAUGGCGCUGUAAGAACGGUUUCUGCGUUUCCGAGCACGCCCGCUGCAACGGCUCUAUUGAAUGCUACGAUCGUUCCGAUGAAAUGUAUUGUGAUUGCGAUUUAACGAAAGAGUUUCGGUGCGGCCAGUCUAUAUCUUGCUUUCCUAAAGCCAAGCUCUGCGACGGAGCCAUCGAUUGUUGGGACGGCCUCGACGAAAUAAACUGCACUCCAGAAUGUCCAGACUACCAGUUCACGUGCACGAAUGGAGAAUGCAUAGCUUCUUCGCGUUUCUGCGACGGGUUAGCGGACUGCAGCGACCAUAGCGACGAACCAACCGGCUGCGACGGAGGGUGCAAUGCUCAUGAGAUACGUUGCUCAAAUAAGCGCUGCAUUCCUCGAUUGCUACGCUGCGACGGCCGCGACGACUGCGGAGACAAUAGUGACGAACUCCAUUGUCCUUAGAUAAAGCUUUCACAUAGGAGGUGCGAACCCUGGUGCAUACAAUGCUCAAGACAACAAUUUACAUCAAAUGAGUACGUUGACAUUAUUUUAUAUAGUUGUUAUGUUAUUAGAACUAGUGACUAAUAUAUUAAUGUAAUUUAAGAUCACUUUCGACGUAAUCCUUAUUUUUAUAUAAUAGAACUCUCUUAAGGUUGAAAUUUAAUAUUAUAUCAUACUUUUCAAGAGGUUGAGGGUUGUCAUAUAAACUCGAAUCGAGUGUCAAUAUUUGUGUCUAAAAUGGUUAAUUAUUUUUAUACCUACCCUAUAAAUUAAAUUUAAACGAGGUCCUAUAUGUUUUACGGGUACUGUAAGUUCGUGACAUAAUAUUAAAGUUUUAGCAUUAUUAAAUUUAUAUACUACCCACCGCAUAUCAAUAAAGAAUUGUAUAAGUAAGAAUAAGUGUUUGUUG